UACGAGGAAGAAGAAGAGUGGAAAGGAAAAGGAAAACGAGGAGAAAGGAGUCAGUUCUCUGUGCAGGUUAAAGUGAUCAGUGUUUGAGAACAAAGUGACCGAAGACCAUGCUGAGGGCUUGUCUGAGAGGAGCUAACGCCACAGCCCGGAAGCACUGUGGGAGGACUCCUCUAACUAAUCUGCAACACUCCCGGCACUACACCACAGGAGAGUCUAGUGGAGCUGCUAAAGUGGUUGCUGCUGGCUUGGUGACAGUAGGCGGAGGCAUUGGAGGUACGAUACUCUACGCCAAAUGGGACCACAAGUUCAGAGCAGCUGUGGAGAGCAAUGUUCCAUACUCCGACUGGCUGCUGGGUGUGGCUCUGGGACCCCCUUCUCAAGAUGGCCUCCCAGUCAAGAAAGAGAUGGAGAAGGCCCAGCCUCCCUCCAUGAUGGACAAACAGGUGAAGGCAUCUAAAGCCAAGUCAGAGAAGAAGGUUAAGGAGGCAGCAGAAGGUUCAGCCAAAGAGAUGCGUCCUGUCCCCACACAGCCUGCACAGAGCAUAGAGGAGGCUUCAGCAGAGGCGACUCAUAUCAUCUCCGCCAUCAGUGAGGUCCCAUCAGUACCUGCUCCCUGUGACACGGAGGCAGCAGCAGUCAAAGAGGAGUGCAAAGAGUGUCAUGACCAUCAGGACACCUCACUGUCAGCAGCAGUUCACCCUGACACUGAGUCAGCUGCAGCAGCAGAACCACUGAGAGAGCGUCCAGUAGAAGAGGUGACAGCUAGACUGGCUCAACAAGACCAGGAGGAGCAGGACGUCAUGGCAGCUGUAACAGCCAGUCUUGAAGACUCUCUGUCCAGCUCAGCAAAAGCGACCCUGCAUGCAAUUGGAGCUCAGGAGGCAGCGCUGCAGGCCAUCACACGACACACACACAAGCUGAAGGAGGCCAUGGAAGCAGAGGUUCCACCUCAGGAGAAAUCGGACCAGUGGAAGGAUCUAGAAGCUGCUCUCACAGAUAGAACCUCUGCUGUGAAUGAUGCUGGAGCUGCUCUGUUGAAAGCCAGCGAAGCCUUGGACAGUCUGAAGACAGUGAUCAACAAGUCUAAAGGUCUGAAGGUCUCUGCUGUUCGCCCACUAGUUUUAGCAGCAGAGGAGAAUCUCCACAACAUGGUGGUGGACUUGGAUAAAGUGGUCACUAAGGUGCAGUCUGCAGAGUCAGAAGCUAAGAUUGUCUCCCAGUACAGUGAACUGGUAAAUGAAGCCAAACAACAGUUCCAGAGGGAAGUGAGCAGCCUAACUCCAGAGAUCCAGGCCAACUGGAAGGGCCUCACUGGUAAACUGUCGGCAGACGACCUGAACGCCCUGAUCGCUCACGCUCACCGCCGCAUCGACCAGCUGAAUCGAGAGCUGGCUGAGCAGAGAGUCAGGGAGCAGAUCCACAUCGAUGCAGCUCUGGAGCAGCAGAAGCUGGAGGACCAGAGAGCCCAGGAGAAAGCUGUUGACACAGCCCUACAGCACAUCAAGGAGGAGGCCCGGUUGGAGCAGGAGAGGAAGCUGUCUGAGUUAAGGGAUGUGAUGGAGGCAGAGAUGAGAACUCAGCUUCGGCGUCAGGCGGCUGCUCACACAGACCAUGUCCAAGAUGUCCUCAAAGUCCAGGAGCAGGAGCUAAGAGCUGAGGCUGAGCAGGUUCUGAGCAGUAAGAUGCUGGAGCAGGAGACCUGCUACCGUCAGCUGAGCCAGGAACAGCUGGACAACUUCACUCUGGAUAUGAACACGGCCUAUGCAAGACUGAAGGGGAUGGAGGAGGCCAUUGACAGCCAUGUGGUGGCAGAGGAGGAGGCCCGUAAGGCUCACCAUCUGUGGCUCUCUGUCGAGGCUCUCAACUACACCUUGAAGACCGCAGAUGCCGAGUCGCCCACCGUGCCUCUAGAGGGCGCUGCUCAGGUUGUGCGAGACAGCUGCCACAACAGUGACUUUGCCUUGGCUCUGGCAUCAGCUCUUCCAGAAGAAUCCCUCCAGCGUGGCGUGUACAGCGAGGCCUCCCUCCGUGCCCGCUUCAACUCCCUUCGAUUGCUGGCUCGCCGUGUUGCCCUCAUCGAUGAGUCUCAUAACUCCUUGUACCAGUACUUCCUGUCCUACCUUCAAGCUGCUCUCCUUUUUGAGGCUCAGCAGGAAGCCCCGCCAACCCAGCUGAGCAGUGAGGACUUAGACCCCUUCAAGCUUCUGUCAUACGCUAGUUACUGCUUAGAGCACGGGGAUCUGGAACUAGCAGCUAAACUGGUGAACCAGCUGAGAGGAGAGGCUAGGAGAGUGGUGGAGGACUGGCUGAAUGAAGCCAGACUCACACUAGAGACCAGGCAGGUCAUCAGUUUGUUGUCUGCUUAUGCAAAUGCUGUGGGGUUAGGAACCACCCAGGCUCCAUAGGCUGCUCUCAUUUAACCUGGCAACCCUUAAAGGAGCAGCCUGCCAGUUGAGGAUCAGGUAGUAGCCGCAGGCUUGAAAGGUGGUGGGGUCAAGGACAGCAGCUGCAAUGUUAGGUACUCAGAUUGUGUGUCCCUUUAAGGUGACUGAAGAUACCGCAGAAGUUUAUUUCUUUUACCGCACUAAGUCACUGUGGAUGAUUAUUUGUACAAUAAUUGAUGCACCCUCUCAAUCUAGUCUCGUCAUUCAGGCCCAAAGGUUUGGUCCAGGUAUUUAUUUCUGGAUAAUUUCUUAUUUUUUUGUGUUAUGGAAAAAAAAAGUCCUAACAUUGAUUUUUAAAAUGUGUCAUGCUGCAUUUUAUUUUUGUUAGUUCUGCAUGUUAUAAUAAAUCAUGAACAAUUAUUCUGUUAAAUUCUCAUUCUUCCCUCACAGUUGUGCUAUUGUUAUAUUUAAUGGUUGAUCAGUUUGAGUUAGUGACAGAACAUCAGUAAUGAGUCUCCAGUAUCACUGCAACAAUGUCACUUCUGUAAAUACUGAUACCACAGAAUAAAUGUUGAAUAUUUAAAGGA